AUGGCCUGCUGCACCACCAGCUUCUGUGGAAUCCCCAGCUGCACCACGAAGGAAACGUGUGGCUCCAGCUCCUGCAAGCCUCCCUGCUGCACAACCAGUUGUUGUAAGCCUACCUGCUGCACAUCCAGCAGCUGCAAGCCUCCCUGCUGCACGACCAGUUGCUGUAAGCCUACCUGCUGCACUACCAACAGCUGUAAGCCUAUCUGCUGUACAACCAGUAAUGUUAGCAGUGGCCAGAAGGGUGGCUUAGUAGCUGCCUGCUGCCGUACUAGGUGGUGCCGCCCUGAUUGCCGAGUGGAUUUCACCUGCCUGCCUCCAUGCCGUGUGGCCAGCUGCACCCCUCCAACCUGCUGCCAGCUGCACCAUGCCCAGGGCUCCUGCUGCCGCCCAUCCUAUUGUGGACAGUCCUGCUGCCGUCCAGCCUGCUGCCAGCCUACCAUCACUAAGACCACCUGCAUCCAGACCAGCUGCUCUGAAGCCAUAGUCUCCCAGCCCAUCUGCUCCCAAUCCAGCUGUUCCCAGGCGACUUGUUCCCAGCCAACUUGCUCCCAACCCACCUGCUCCCAACCUACUUGCUCCCAACCCACGUGCUCUCAGCCCUCUUGCUCCCAGCCUGCCUGCUCCCAGCCCACAUGCAAUGAGCCAGCUACUAAAAGCUAA